AUGGCGAAGCUGGUACCUUUUGCGGUUCCCACCAGGAGUGACAAAGUCUCGCUGGUGUGGGAGCUGAGCUCUGGACCCGCAGCCGAGGCCUUGCAACAUCCUCUGUUCACAGCCUUCUCCCAGUUUGGCCUCCUGUAUUCGGUCCGAGUCUUCCCAAAUGCUGCAGUGGCUGGUCCUGGGUUCUGUGCCAUCAUCCAGUUUUAUUUGGCAAGGGAUACCCACAAAGCCCAAAAGGCAUGCGACCAGAAGCAGCUUUUUCAGACAUCUCCAGUGAAGAGAACUCUCCUCCGCUGUGACUCCAGCACCAGACAUAAAGUGGUUCAACACAGUGCCCUUGCCCUGAACAGCUCCAGAUGCCAAGAAUUGGCCAAUUACUACUUUGGUUUCAGUGGGUGGUCAAAAAGGAUCAUCAGGCUUCAGGAUCUUUCUGACCUUGAAGAAAGGAAAGAUGAAGAUCCUGUGGGACCACUUCGGAAGCAAAGCCUGAAGUUCUCCUGUGCUUUAGAGGUGGUGUUGCCACCCUGUGAGUGCAGGAGUCCUGGAGUUGGCAUGGCUGAGGAAACUUUGGAUACGUUGGAGGAAGGUCUCGGUAAAAUAGCUGUGGCAUAUACACCCUGUGAAGAGAACACAGAUGCUAGAACUGAAGAGGAACUACAGGAUUUAAUUCAAAUCUACUUUUCUUGUCAGCGAUGUGGCCAAGGGGAGGAAGAAUGUCUCUCAGACUGGAGCUUUGAGGAGGAAGCGUUCAAAUUGCCAGAACUGGACUCGCACUUUUGAAUUUCCCAGAA